CUAUCAUGGGAGAACUUUUAUUGCAAAAUAGACAGUGAUUCUUAAAAUUUUUUUAAAAGUUGCAUAAAUAACUUUCAGUAGGGUUUUACGUUAAAAGAAAGGUUUAAAGAUUCCCUUCUUUUUAUUAGACAGGAAAACUGAUGUCAGUAAAAAGUUUAAGAAGUCUUAAACUAAGUUGCAAAUAUAUAUGUACUCAGUGACUGUUAGAUUGCACCACAUGCACUAGUCACAGCCUCCAGCUGAACUGAAAGCGAGGUCGUCAGUAACAACACAGAAAGGUCAACAGGAGGCGGGUUGUUUGAGGUUGACUACCUUAUUUCCUUGUUCUGAAAGGCCACAGGCAGAGAGCUAGGUCUGUUAUUCUGCUUUGAACAGCAAGUAAAGAAAAAAGAAAGAGGUAACGUCUAUGUGAGAAACAUGAGUGACAUAUAUGGAUAUGUAGAUGUGCAAACGUCACCCUCUUCUGUAGAAAAGUUAUGUGACUGAGGAACUUAUAGAUCCAAAAAGAGAAAUUAAUUUGUUAAAACACAGGACAAUGAGUCAAAAAUACCUAAAAUUCCCAAACAUGCACAGUCUCACUCUGUGUUACAAUUCUCUCCAGAAUGAUAUGAUCAUUUAUUGUCAUUAUCCCAUGACACGUUUAUUAUCACUGCAUGUGGAUCCAAUAGAUAUGGAAAAGAACUUUAGUAAACCAGUACUGGGUCUACAUUUUCAUAUCUUUUGUUUUUCCAUUUAAUUUGUUCACCUGAAGGAUCUCUCUCUUUCUCUCUCUCUCUCUCUCUCUCUUCUCAUUCUCAGGCUGUGAGUUGUGGUUCUUUGCAUUGUUAUCAUUGCUGUCAUCUCUAACAAUGAAAAACAGUGUGUGUUCAAGGGAUGGGGGAGGAGCAGACACAGCGAACGACACAGGAAAAGAGGGAAGAACAGCCAGCUGUCGAGCAUCAGAGAAAAGAAAAACGUCGUUUUGGAAACCAGGCAGAUCACUUCCUGGGAUCUUUGGCUUUUGCAAAGAUGUUGAACCGUACCUUGGCAGUCCCUCCUUGGAUAGUUUAUCGCCACCAUACGCCUCCUUACACAAAUGUCCAUGUUCCCUACAAGGAGUUCUUCCAGCUUGAGGCCUUGUCUGCCUACCAUCGUGUGGUCAGUUUGGAAGAUUUCAUGGAGAAACUGGCACCCAAACACUGGCCCUUAAGACAGAGAAAAGCCUACUGUUUUGAGACUGCUGCACAGAGGAGUGCAGACAAGAAAUCUUGCCCGAUGAAGGAUGGGAACCCCUUUGGUCCUUUCUGGGACUAUGUUGGGGUGGAAUUUGAUGAGUCUGUCUUGUUUGGUGGCAUUUCCUUCAGUGCUUACCACCAGCCUCAGUGGAUGAAGAAGUUCCCUCCCUCUGAGCACCCGGUCCUGGCACUGCCUGGAGCUCCUGCACAGUUUCCAGUGAUAGAGGAACAUGUUGGCCUGCAGCGAUUUGUGGUGUGGUCAGACAAGAUGGUAAAAGAGGGCGAAGAGCACAUUUCUACCCUGCUGACCAGACCAUAUGUUGGUAUUCACCUAAGGAUUGGCAUCGACUGGCAAAAUGCUUGCAAAAUGCUGAAGAGUGGUGAUACAGGGCCUCACUUCAUGGCCUCCCCUCAGUGUGUCGGUUACAACCGGCAGUCAGCCCUGCCUCUCACUAUGACCAUGUGCCUUCCUGACCUGGCAGAGAUCCGCAGGGCCGUCAAACUGUGGGUGAAGAAGACCUCUGCUCGCUCUGUCUACAUUGCUACUGACUCGGAAUCACACAACAGGGAUAUUGAAAAACUGUUCAAGGGCAAGGUCAACGUGGUGACUCUCCAGCCAGACUCAGCUCAGAUGGACCUGUAUAUCUUAGGCCAAGCAGACCACUUCAUCGGCAACUGUGUUUCAUCCUUUUCUGCCUUUGUAAAGAGAGAGCGAGAUGUCCAUGGCCUUCCAUCAUCCUUUUUUGGCAUGGACAAGCCUGGGAAACCCAAUCACAAGGAGGAGCUCUGAGUAAAAGUGCCAUGUGACUGUCCUGUGUGUACACACUGAUGCUGGAUGACUGUCAUGAGGAGCCUGUGGAAGGCAGACAGUAUUAAUGUUUCAAAGAGAAGCACAGUCGUUUUUUACUUUAUCACUUUAAAGGGUUGAUAAUGGGUUAUAGGAUAGAUACUUUUAUUCAACAGUAGUGUUUAUGAAACCUUGAAACAUAGACGAUGCUGCUACCAAAAACACUUUUCUAUUUGUCCUGCUAUGUAUGUUGUAUGUGUAAGUAUUUUAAUGUGUCAUCUUAAGAUUUGGCUUCUACAAAUCACGUCUGCCUGCCUAUUACAUUAGUACAUGCUAGUGUUCAGUAUGUAAAUCCAGCUUCCCUAACAUUUCCUUUUGUGACAGCUAUAUUCUGUAGCUGACACCCUGUGUUGUAAAACCAAAACCUCUGGUGACCCACGUGAAUCCUGGAAAAGACUGAUUGCAGUGUCAUCAUGUACGAUCAUGUUCUCCUCUCUGUUGCCCUUGUCCUCCUCUGUUUCUUUCCCUACCUUUCCUUCCUUUCCCGUCCAUCUCUCUCCAGCUUGCUCUUUCCUGUCCUCUUUGCCCUCCAUUCCAAGGAGAGCACAGUAACUGAUCCUGUACAUACUAAUUAUAGGGAGGAAAAAGGACAGCGGUCUUUCCACCUCUCACUUUACGAGGACCAAAAACUGACAAAAUGCCCUAGUUUGAAUGUUAAGCAGACAGCAUUACUGUUUUGUUAAUGUGAAUUAUUGUUUUUGGAUGGAGACAUAGUUGAUUUUGCACAGUGAUUGAAUUGAUAAAAGUGGGAAUGAGUGGCAUGUUAAUUGUGUUCCUCUGUGAAAACAGUGCAUGCAUUUGUACCUUUAAAUCCUUUUCUACAGUAUUUUUCAUCAAUAAAUUGAUGUACUCAUUUUUUUUU